AUGGAAUACACCACAGCUGACAAGACCGCCGCAUCAUCAUUGACGACUCCAUUCUCCCCGCCUUCUUCUUCUGCUGCCUCGUCCCCGGCCGCCGUGUCUCCCCCGAAGACGAGGAGUUCCUCUCCGGUGUCGUCGUCGGUCGUCGUGGUCUCUCCGUGCGCGGCCUGCAAGAUUCUCCGGCGGAGAUGCGUGGACAAGUGCGUGCUGGCGCCCUACUUCCCGCCCACCGACCCGCUCAAGUUCACCAUCGCCCACCGCGUCUUCGGAGCUAGCAACAUCAUCAAAAUGUUGCAGGAGCUUGGUGAGGAUCAAAGAGCGGACGCAGUAAACAGCAUCGUUUACGAGGCGCAAGCGAGGAUAAGGGAUCCGGUGUACGGCUGCGCCGGGACAAUAUGCCAGCUACAGAAGCAGAUAAGUGAGCUGCAAGCGCAGCUAGCCAAGGCACAGGCCGAGAUCUUUAACAUGCAGUGCCAAAACGCCAGUUUAGCCAACCUGAUUUGCAUGGAAACGGCGGCGGCGGCAACGACAACGGCGUCGAGCAUCAACAUCCAAGAAGAACAACUGCCGUACUUUGACAACGUUGGAUCGUUCUUUCUCGAAGAUAACUGUGCAGCUCUGGAGCCAAUGCUUUGGACAUGGAAAUGACGACCAAAAUCAUUUCAUUAAUUGAAUCAGACAAUUAAUUAGUUUAUUAUCAUCGGCCAAGUUGGUGUUGUUUGGCACAUUACUUAGUAUAGUAGCACUCGGCUAUGAUCAAAAGAUGAACUUCAACCAAAA